UCACCUCUGUCCAUCUACUUUUGCUUUUUCAAAUUCCCACUUAAAAAAAAACCUCCCCCUGAUUUGAUCUCUUCACCUUCCAAAAGAAAAGAAAAAAUGUCCACCAAAUCCCCUGUUUUUCCUUUCCCUGAAGAACCUCAACAUUUCAGCGACUAUGGCUUCGACCCUCAAAUCGACUAUUUUCAGGUUUUGGAAGAAGCAAGAAAACACAGACGUGAAUCAUCAAGAUCCAUAGACUCCAUUCAUUUCAAGCUCCAAAAGCCUAUUUCAAAAGACGAUUCCAAAAACAACGCAAAGAAGAAGAAAAAACGUUGGUGGAAAAACGCUUUCCUUUUCUUCAAAUGGAAAUGGAUCCACCACCAUCAAAACGACGCCGCUUUCCACCACGACGACGUUCAUCAAGCCAGAGCCCGUGCUUUCCGUGCCUCUAUUUCCGGUCCGGUUUACAUCACAGAAAGUCGGAGCGGUUCCACCACACCUUACCGGUCCACCACUCGACCGUCCUCCGGUCCACUCGCCGGAACUCUAACGCCGACUAGAAAAGACGAUGUGCAAAUUCCUUAUCUUAGUCUCCGAGAACUCAAUAUGGAGCAACAACAAUACAGAAUUUCCACGUCAGCACCCAUGCCUAUUUACUUAGUCACUUAAAAAUAAAAUUUAAAAAAAAAAUUGUGAAAGCUUUUUUUUUUUUUUUUUUGGGUGUGGGUAUUAAUCUUAAUGGGUUGUCGAUCGGGUACCGGCGGGGCCGGUGAUUGGGAGUUGCUUUUGCUUUGAAAACUGCAAAGCUGUGUUGAUCCAUUGGGAAAAGGAUGGGAUCUUUCUUUUGAUCCGCCUUUAUUGAAUUACGCGUUCUACAGGUUAUCAGUCUUUUUAUCUUA